GUAUUUUUUUUAUUUCCAAAUUUUUGAGAAAUUAUCUAGGAAAAUAAAAAUUUUGGCCUGGCAACACUGAAUGGCAAGGAAUAAUAAUAUUUUCAUGUGACAUGUAAUGUAAAGUAUAUUAAUACUUUUGGUACAAAAUUUUAGAAAUUUGAAAUUUUUUGUUGUAUUGCUAUCAAAAAUAUGGCCCGUAGAACUUCUUUUUGUUCUAAAUGUACUUGUAACAGGUUACUUUUUCUCUCUAUUCUUCUUCUUUCCUUUGAUGGCCUUACAGUAGAAUAUGUGGAGAGUGUAAAUGAUUUUUCAGAUGUUUGCAUUGAUCCACAUGUACCAUGUGAAUCAAUGAUGUCAAGUGCAAUGGCUGCUAAUAGCGAAAGAACUUUUAUCAUGGUUAAGCCCGAUGGCGUCCAAAGGGGCCUUGUGGGAAAAAUCAUCAAGAGAUUCGAACAGAAAGGAUUCAAACUGGUUGCUCUCAAAUUUUUGUGGCCAUCGGAAGAACUCCUCCAAAAACACUAUGCAGACUUAGCUGGCAAACCUUUUUUCCCUGGUCUAAUCAAAUACAUGAGUUCAGGCCCAGUCGUUCCCAUGGUAUGGGAAGGUUUGGGUGUUGUUAAAACUGGCCGUGUACUUCUUGGUGCUACCAAUCCAGCUGACAGUGCCCCAGGUACCAUCAGAGGAGAUCUCUGUAUCCAGGUUGGACGCAACAUCUGCCAUGGAUCUGAUGCUGUUGAAUCUGCUAACAAAGAAAUUAAUUUGUGGUUUAAUGAAAAGGAAGUGGUAUCUUGGACAUCAGCUGAUGCAAAAUGGGUGUAUGAAGAUUAGAUUUUAAUAUUUUUAUAAUAAUUAAGAACAAAACGUAAAUAAAAAAUAAAGUCUUUCACUUCCUGUUUUA